AUGAGUGCGGGAGACAAUGUCGCUCAUGUUCGUCUUAUGACACUGCUGAAUGUGAAAAAUGUGCACCCUCGUGAGGAGGAUCGUCCGAAGGCCGCUGAGCGUGCGCAUGUGUAUCCAAAGCAGGGUGCCUCGUCAUUGUCGAAGCGUAAGCGCGAUGCUGCACCGGUGUCAGCACCAGCAGAAAAGCACACCAAAGCAGAACAGGGCACCGCGUCACAUGCGUCGGAGCUGCACCAGCAACGUAUGAUCCCCGUGAUAGUUGCUAAUGAAGAAGAAGAUGACGACGACGGCGACGAGAACCAUGGGCCAAGCCGUCUUAAAAGCCAAGACAACAGCAAUGAAAAUGCUUCUAUACAAGUUUCAGAUCAACAAGAUGCGUUCCACUGGCACUUCGAUGCCGAGUCUAAGGCACUUCAAGGAAUAGAUCCUGAACACUUGGUAUGGGGCCAGCCUGAACCAGUCCCUCAGUUUGGAGGUGCACAACUCGUGCGCAUCCAUCGAGAAGCGUCUUCCCAAGUACCACAUUCUCGUCCCGUAUCACGACCACAUGCGCGUAUUUGGCGCGCGUUCAGCGGCAAAACUGAGCCGACAGCGUUGCAGAUCGAAUUCUUACAGUACUUGGGAGAGUACAUGGAUGUUUGGCACUCUCGCGUAACGAUUCCGGAGCAUGCGCCUCUGCGGCAGGUAACGGCGAUGCAUGCUAUGAGCCAUCUGGCCAAAACACGGCAGCGGAUUCUUAAGGAUAAUGAACGACUUGCGAAAGCAGUAGCCGCGCAGGUCGAGAAUGACAAAGCCGAUCAAGACAGUGUCGGUGACGACGAGCUGCCUGAGUUCCGCGACCAGGGGUUUACGCGACCCAAAGUGCUUGUGCUGGCGCCGUUUCGACACACGGCGAAGGUCUGGAUCGAAUCGAUGAUUGCUUGUUCCGGAUGUGAGCAAGUUGAACAAAAGGCUCGAUUUGAAAGAGAAUUUAGUCUGCCGCCGGGUUCCAUCGACAAACUGGCGGAUCCUGAGUCGGCACACCGAUACCCCGAAGAUCAUCGACACACGUUCCAAGGCAAUAUUGACGACAAUUUUAAGCUGGGCGUCAAGCUCACACGCAAGACACUCAGACUGUACAGUGCAUUUUACGAGAGCGAUCUAAUCAUGACAAGUCCCUUGGGUCUACGACUGCUAAUCGAAAAAGAUCACGAUUCAGACUACCUGUCAUCGCUGGAAAUCGUCAUAGCCGAUCAGCUUGAUGUGAUGCUCAUGCAGAACUGGGAACAUGUCAAGUUUGUAUGGGAACGAUUGAGUGUCAUUCCGAAAGAGGCACAUGACACUGACUUUUCACGCGUCAAACCCUGGUACUUGGACGGUCAGGCACCUUUGCUGCGGCAGAGCAUCCUGUUUUCGUCGUUGGAUGCGCCUGAAUUUCGGCAUCUGUUCCAUUCACUUCAAAAUGUCGGCGGGCGCCUUCGAACGACCUCGCUGGAUGAACAUCAUGUGCCCAGUAUGUCGUUAGUGACGCCGGGCGUUCGGCAGACGUUCUUCCGCUUCGAGUGCUCUAGCGCGCAGAGUGAAGCUGACCUGCGUCUCCUUGCGUUCAAGGAUCGCAUCAUGUCUCUGCUUAAGAAGUCUGCCGUUACGACAUCUCACACAAUGAUUGUCGUCCCAUCCUUCUUCGAUUUUGUGCGUGUGGAAGAUUAUUUCCGGAAACUCGAUCCUCCCAUCUCGUACACGACGCUCUCUGAGUACUCCUCGACGCGUGAUAUCUCUCGUGCUCGAGAAGCUUUUUUCUCUGGCAAGAAAAGUGUGCUUCUCUUGUCUGAGCGCUUUCACUACUACAGGCGCUACAUUGUGCGUGGUGCGAUGACUGUGAUUUUCUAUGCGCCGCCUGAACACGCGACAUUUUAUGCCGAGCUGACAAAUGCACCGCUGACAAGUCGCUAUGAGACACAGGCCGUCGUCGAUGCCGGCGAUUUGCAGGUGUGGACACUUUUUUGCAAGUACGACCUGCUACGACUUGAGCGAAUUGCUGGUGCUCAGCAAGCGCGUCACAUGCUUACAGGCAUGAAUGCGUCGUAUCAUUUUGUGUAG